AUGGAGUGGUUACAACCACUGAUCCUACUAGGAACGACGCUCAUCGCUCUCGUCCAAGCACAGCAGAGCAUUCCACAAAGCAACAACGGCUCUGUGCUGCCGAUAUGGGGCCUAGCAACGUUGGUACAAGGUGGCAGCUCACCACUAUGCAACAAGACGUUCAACGAUGCGAACGGAACUGGAGUCUUCAGCUUCAAUCCUAAUGUUCCUCAAGGCCCCCAGCAAGGUCAACCUGAAAAUUUCUCUGGAAGGACACAGCCCGUCAGCAUAGCAGUCACUCUGCAGAAUCCUGGAUUCAACAGCACUAAUAGUACGAGUACCGCGGCAAGUUAUACGCUCUGGUACGAUACCAACGGUGCCAACUAUUCCGACCGGUAUGCGUUGGGCUACGACGUUUGCGCUCUGGUCGGCUUCAGUCUAAACUAUAAUACACAACUCCGAGGUCAGAGCGACAACGGCAGCUGCCUCUCCACACUGGACCAACCUUGCAUCUCAGCCAUAGUCUCCACUGUUCAGCAGUAUGCGACAUGGUUGACGACAGCCUCACCCGGCCCUGAUAGCAAUCUGACCACAACCUCACUACCAGACGUCUGCCGAGAUCUGUCUCAUGCACUCGUGGAGAAUUUUCCUAAAGAAUGCUCAUACUUCUUUCAGGACAAGCUUGAUGGCCUCGCUUACCCACUUACCUCCUUCGGUGAUCAGUACCAGACAGGACUGACCAGCAACUGUACUAUGAACGGAACCUUCCAGAAUACUCUGAGCUUCUACAGCAACAGAUCACAGUCCAUCUACACUGCAUGGGCAGACUCAGUCACGCCCGUAAUUGGUGUGUGGAUGCCUGUUGCGGAUGCUGGGGCUCAGACGACGAUCACGGAGACAGUGGCGAAUGUGUUCUGUGGCCAUAUCGAUGACAUAAAUGGUCGUAGCUACCAGCCUCCUGAUCUGCCUCAACCGACGCCGGUCGCGUACAAUGCCACUACAAAUACAACGAAUACCAACAGUACCAUGACGGAAGACACGGAAACUUCAGAUUCCAGCGGGCUCUCCGGAGGCGCAAUAGCUGGGAUUGUGAUAGGUGUCUUGACUGCGUUAGUAAUUGUCGCGGGCCUGAUCUACUGGCUUAUGCGAAGAAGGAGAGCACAAAAGAAGCCACAGGAUGUAACAGCAGAAAAAACUACGGCUGAGUUGCAUGGUCAAGAUAGUCGAUUCGAGCUCGGUGGAGACGAUGCUAAGAAGGAACUGCCGGCAGAGGAAAGAAAAGCUCACGCACGUACAGUGUCCGAGUUGGAAGCGAAAACAGUGCAGCGAGAACCUGCUGAGCUACCGGCGUCUUGA